AUGUCAGGAAGUCUUGAUAAAACAAAUGAAAGUGACAAUAGUAAACAUCAAGUUGGUGAGGAUUUUGUUGAUGUAGUGGAAGGUAAACUCAGCAUAGAAAAUAUCACAUCUCGAGCCACUUCUCCAUCUGCAGGAGCCAUUGGCCUUUUUGUUGGUACAACACGCAACCACUUUGAAGGAAAGGAAGUUUUGCGUCUGGAAUAUGAAGCAUAUAUGCCGAUGGCAAAAAAGAAGAUGCUAGAAACAUGCCAGCUUGUCCGUAGUCAGUGGAACGUGGAAAAUAUUGUCAUGGUCCACAGAAUUGGGGAGGUACCUGUGAUGGAGGCCAGCAUCAUCAUUGCUAUUUCAGCAUCACAUAGAAAAGAAGCUCUGGAAGCUGUUCAUUUUGCAAUUGACAGUGUCAAGGCCACAGUACCUAUUUGGAAAAAAGAGGUCUACAACGAUGCCACCUCUUCUUGGAAGGAAAACAGGGAAUGUACAUGGAUUAGCAAAGACUGACUGGCAAUGGCGCUAUUUAGAGCUGACUGACUUGAUCAUGGUAUUAUAAUUUUCGGCUUUAAAUGGUUUAAUAAAAUAGUUUAUGAUUUUA